AUGAGUCUGGCAUCGCUGAAGCUUGUCGACGGUAAAAUCUUUGAGUUUCAUUGUCCAUCUGAAGUUGUGUGCAAUGUCUGUCCGACGCGCGCUGAUGGAUCUUUGCGUACAAUGCAUAUCAAACAUGUCCAGAAACAUUCUACAAUGGCAACACACAAACGUUGUGCCAACAAUCCACUGCCUUCAAAAGUCCAUCCUCCAAAGCAGUACCACCUUCAUAACCUUUUGUGCGCCGGCAGUAAGGACAACAACGACAACAUGGAAUUUACCAUCUCAAGUGGUAUGGACAUCAAUAUAGACGACCCUGGUACUCCUGCACCGGACCACAAUGUACCAAUUGGUUCAGACUCGGAACCAGUCGUACCCAUCUCUGAACUCUGGAACGCAAUAUCAAGCAGCCGUUUCUACAACUCAGAACUCAACGAAACGAGGGAUUUAUUCGACGAACUGCAGUGUGCUCUCACUUCUGGUGAAUCUCUUUUUUCUAUGCCGCUCGCACCCAUGACCGAAGAGGUUGGCUUCAAUGACGAGAUGGAAUCAAAUUUUGGCAUUGAACUUGAAGAUGACUGUCCAUUAACCACCAAGAGUCAUGUUAAUCUCAACAGUCCAGUAUCGCCCGACCAUCCAAUGUACCCAUGGCCGUCAAAAGCUCAUUUCAUCACUGCGCUACUAUUCAGUUCUCCAAGGCUUCUGUUUUCUGAGGCGCAGAAGAAGGCGAUUUUAUCUUGGGCAAAGGAACUCGGUGCUCGUGAUGUUCCCUCACUGUACGCCUUGAACCACUUCCAAGAGACUAUCCAAACGCUUGUCGGGAAUCCGACAGAAAAGGUCACUGCUCGUUCAGGGAACAUAUUCUAUUUCAACGACGUCGGGAAAGCAGUUGCAAAGGACUAUGCCAACCCUCUGACUCAUUUUGCGAUGCAGGAUUACCCGGAAGAUGGAGGAAGAGGAAUGUCCCAGGUGUUCAAUGGGGAGAAGAUGUUAUUUGAGCUUCCUUCGCCCCCGGCAGCUAAAGUCAAUGGGGAGAUAUACUUCAUCAAGGAGCUCUUGCAGGAUAGCUCGGGAGAUUAUUUUAUUCCCGAACAUUUUUUUUUCGCAUCAUAUGCAUCUGAGCCAACGAGUGAUACAGCAGACAAGCUGUUAUAUGCGCUAGGGCGUGCUGUACAACGAACGGAGGAAGGGUUCAUUAUCAGCGACGAACAAGAAAUCAUCCCAACAUCUAACUUUAGGAGGUCAUUCAGAGAGAUAUCUCUUGAUGUCAAUGAACUUGCGUGCGGGCUGACAGAGUCAUCGAAGAAAUACGCCAAACUCGAACCAAAUCCGUUGCGCGCAAAAUCUCGAGGUCGUAUGGUAUACGCUGUCCCUCUCAUUAUUUUUAUGGAUGACGUGUCAGGGAAUAUCUCCAAACAGUGGAACAAGCACCAUGCGAUAUAUAUGUCAAAUGCGAAUCUCCCUCGCGAAAUGCUGGAGAAAGAGUUUUGUAUUCAUUUCGUCACGUCCUCUCCUCAUGCAGCUCCCAUGGAGAUGAUGAGUGCCAUGCAAGACUCAAUUGGGAAGGCUGCAGAAUCUGGGAUCUUCGCUUGGGACUGCAAAGACAACGAAGAAGUCAUGCUGGAUCCAUAUGGUCUCUUUCUCGGUGGCGACAACCCUAUGCAUGCUGAGGAGUGUAGUCACGCAGGCUUACAUUGUAACUACUUUUGUCGGACAUGCGAAGUUGGUGGAACAAAGGAGUAUAAGGAGUCGGAUGAGGGCUACAACAGCAUUUUUGUGCCAGGACAACUUCGUACUCCUGCUGGAACAGCAGCUGAGAUUCGUGCUCAAUUCGUCACUGCACUCGAUUCAGGCGCUUCUGAGAAAAUCAAGAAAUCUGUCUCUUCAACAGGUAUAAAAGAUACUACAACAGGCUACAUUCUCGAGGCAGUUGUUGAGAUGGGAAAGAAACUGUGCAAACGGGUGGCUGGUGUCCAGCCAAAACAGGAGAGUGACGUCAAGGCAAUUUUAAACAAGGAACUCGAAGAUCUCUUAUGA